GUCAAAUUGGUUUUCUUUUUUCUUUAAGGGUCGCUCCGUUUGUUUCUCUCUCGCCUCUCUCAAAAUCAAAAUCAAAAUCAAAAUCAAAAUCAAAAUCAUAUAUCUUCGUCGUCUUCUCAGAUUCUUCGUUAGUAUAAUUUCUUCUCUGAAAUCUUCGAUCUUUCCCUAAUUCCAUUCCCUCACUUUUCCUUCUUCUUCCAUUUGUCAAUUCCCAAAUCUCCUUCUUUUAUGGAGAACGAAACCACCACUAACGCCACCAAAUUGGGUUCUGAGGGAGUCAAGCCCACCGCCACCACCACCACCACCGCCGCCGCCUCCUCCGACCAAGAACUCGACCCUAAUUCCAAUGCAUCGCCGUCUGCUGCAGAGCCCCAGAAUGAGGGAACUGGAUCCGACUCCACCUUGCUUCAACCCCCUUCUCGCCACUCCUCCAGAACUCCCUUCACUAAUCUCACCCAGGUCGAUGCUGACCUUGCCCUCGCUCGUACCCUCCAAGAACAGGAAAGGGCAUACCUAAUGCUUAGAAUGACGAAUGAGGGGAGUGAUUUUGGAAGUUGGGAAGCUGGAAGUUAUGUAUUUGAUGAUGAGGACGGUUUUGGUGAACCCCAUGAUCACACAGAAUCUGAUGGGGAAGAUGAUGAGUUUGAUGGAACAGAUAUCAAUGAUGAUGGCGACGAUGAUGAUGUGUUUGAUGUGCAUGCUCAUGAAGAUGGUGGGGAUGAUAAUAACCCCAACCUUGAACUUGAUCCAGGUAAUUUUUCAAGUGACGAGGCAUAUGCUAGAGCCCUACAAGAUGCUGAAGACAGAGAAGAAAUGGCUGCCAGACUACUGGCCCUUGCUGGAUUACAAGAUCAUGAAGCAGAUGACUCGGAUGAUCAAGGUGAAAAUUCCCAGGAUACAUGGGAGGACGUUGACCCAGAUGAACUUUCGUACGAGGAGUUGCUCGCAUUGGGUGAAGUGGUAGGAACUGAGAGUAGAGGGCUAUCAGCUGAUACAAUUGCUUCCUUACCCUCCAUAAACUUCAAAUCAGGGAGCGGUCAGACCGGAAGCAACGAUUCGUGUGUCAUUUGUCGGUUGGAUUUCGAGGAUGACGAAACCUUGACUGUUCUUUCUUGCAAACACUCCUACCAUUCCGAGUGCAUAAAUAAUUGGCUAAAAAUAAACAAGGUGUGCCCUGUUUGCAGCGCUGAAGUCUCUACUACUACCGCUGCCGGGAGCAGUUAGUUGUAAAAUGUGUACCAGAUCAACAUUAAAUCACGAAGGAUCUUAAUUUCUGGUUUUUUUCUUUUCAUCUUGCAUAAUACUCAGUUCAGUUCUCUACAACCUGUGGAAAAUAUCUAUUGUGGGUUCAUACAAUCUUCGGUUUCAUUUUGUAAACCAAGCCUAGGAAUAAUAUUAGUAUUGCUUUCUUGAUCAUAAUAUGAAUCUUUUUUUCUUCUUUUUCUUUUUUGGGGUUUCUCACUUUAUCCCAAAAUUUCCCCUUGGGGGAUGAAUCGUAUGUUGAUCAUCCUUUGUACUUCUGAGUGAAUUUUCACUGUUUAUGGCCAUGUCUCAUCAUAAUCAUCUUUAAUGUCUCUGUACCAUGUA